AUGUCUAAACUUAUCACAGUCUUCGGUGCAACAGGACAGCAAGGCGGCUCUGCCAUUCGCACUAUUCUGCAGGAUGCGAGCCUCUCCCAGGAGUUCAAGAUUCGUGGUAUCACUCGCGAUGCAUCCAAGCCGAGGGCUCAAGCUCUCGUGAAACAGGGCGUCGAGGUUAAGACAGCCAACAUGAACUCAAUGGAGUCACUGGCUCAAGCAUUGCAAGGCAGCCACUCAGUCUUCCUUGUGACCACUCCGGACUGGGGAAAUGCCGGGUCCGAUGCUGAACUGGUACAUGGAAAGAAUGUUGCUGAUGCAGCAAAAGAGGCUGGUGUGCAGCAUCUGAUUUUUUCGUCUUUGCUCAAUGUCACAGAAACAUCCGGUGGUCGACUCAAGCAUGUCCCUCACUUUGACCACAAGGCACAGGUCGAGGAGUAUAUUCGGUCGCUUGGCGUACCAGCCACCUUUGUGCUGCCAGGUUAUUUCAUGACCAACUACACUGUAUUUGGAAUGCUGCGCAAGGGCGACGAUGGCGUUUACAAUUUGGCCUACCCUGUCAGCAAAGACGCUCAAUUUCCGCUCAUUGACAUUACUAGCGAUAUGGGCAAAUAUGUGGCAGCGGCCUUGAAGAAUCGUUCCGAGGUUCUUGGUCUUCAGCUUUUGGCGGCAGCAGACUAUUACUCCCCUACGCGUGUCCUUGCCGAGUUUGAGUCGGUCACUGGAAACAAAACCCGAUUUGUCCAGGUGGACACAGAUACUUACAAGAGUUUUAUCCCUGGUCCGAUGGGUCGGGAGAUGUUGGAGAAUCACUUGUUCGUUGAGGACCCGGGUUAUUUCAAUGGCAAGAGUUUGAAGGAGAGUCACGCACUGCUCGAAAAGUCUGGUUAUCGAGUGACGAGUUGGGAAGAUUUCUUGAACCAAAGCAGAGAGUCGUUUUAG